CUGGAACUUCCUGAGGAGAGAAACCGAAUGUCUCCAGAAGGAGUCCACCUGAAGGACAGGAGGCAGGAGCAUCUACCCACCAACUUGCAUUCUCUGAUUGGCUGCAGGUCGACUCUGGGGCCUUCCCUACUUGUGCUUGCCCACUGGGCACCGAGGCUCUGGAGAAGGCCCAGUCAGUGUGACUGGGUACAAGUUGCUCUCCUCUGGCAGCAAAUGAAACAGCUGCUGAGCCAGCCCUGGGUUUCGGGAAGUCAGAUGACCUCUCCCUGUCCCAAUUCUCUGCCUCUCUCUGCCCCUGCUGUGGACACCAUGGACCUACUGAUGGCACUCCUUUGCCUGCUGCCCCUGUGCCCAGGCUUGGCUGCAGCCACUCCCUCAUGCCCUCAGAACGUGAAUAUUUCCGGCGGUGGCACUUUCAUGCUCAGCCAUGGCUGGGCCCCUGGGAGUAUCCUCACCUACUCCUGCCCCCUGGGCUACUACCCUUUCCCGGCAUCACGGCUGUGCAAGAGCAAUGGGCAGUGGCAGACCCUGAGGUCCACCCGGCUGACAAAGGCGGUCUGCAAAUCUGUUCGCUGUCCUGCCCCAGUUUCCUUUGAGAACGGCAUGUACACCCCACGGCUGGGGUCCCACCCUGUGGGCGGCAACCUGAGCUUUGAGUGUGAGGAUGGCUUCAUCCUGCGGGGCUCACCUGUACGGCAAUGUCGUCCUAACGGCGUGUGGGAUGGGGAGACAGCCGUGUGCGACAACGGUGCUGGCCACUGCCCCAGUCCAGGAAUCCCACUGGGCUCUGUGCGGACAGGGUCCCGCUUUGGCCUUGGGGACAAGGUCAGCUACCGCUGCUCCUCGAAUUUGGUUCUGACAGGGUCUGCAGAGCGGGAGUGCCAGGGCAAUGGGGUCUGGAGUGGGACGGAGCCCAUCUGCCGCCAGCCUUACUCUUAUGACUUCCCUGAGGAUGUGGCCCCUGCCCUGGGCACCUCCUUGUCCCACCUGCUUGGAGCCACAAAUCCCACCCAGAAGAAAAAGGAAAACUUGGGCCGCAAAAUCCAAAUCCAGCGCUCGGGUCACCUGAACCUGUACCUGCUCCUGGAUGCCUCUCAGAGUGUCGCAGAAACUGAUUUUCACAUCUUCAAGCAGAGUGCCUCCAUCAUGGUGGACAGGGUCUUCAGCUUUGAGAUCAAUGUUAGUGUCGCCAUCAUCACCUUUGCAUCAAAGCCCAAAGUCAUCAUGUCUGUCCUGAACGACAACUCCCGGGAUGUGACUGAAGUGGUCAGCAGUCUGGAUAAUGCCAGCUAUAAAGACCAUGAAAAUGGAACUGGAACCAAUACCUAUGAGGCCCUAAAUACCGUCUAUAUCAUGAUGAAUAACCAGAUGCAACGCCUCGGUAUGAACACGGUGGCCUGGCAGGAGAUCCGACAUGCCAUCAUCCUUCUGACAGAUGGGAAGUCCAACAUGGGCGGCUCUCCCAAGCUGGCUGUAGACAACAUCAAAGAGAUCUUGAACAUCAACCAGAAGAGGAAUGACUAUUUGGACAUCUAUGCCAUUGGGGUGGGCAAGCUGGAUGUGGACUGGAGAGAACUGAAUGAGCUGGGGUCCAAGAAGGAUGGUGAGAGGCAUGCCUUCAUUCUGCAGGACACAGAGGCUCUGCGUCAGGUCUUUGAGCACAUGCUGGAUGUCUCUCAGCUCAUAGACACCAUCUGUGGGGUGGGAAACAUGUCAGCCAAUGCCUCUGCCCAGGAGAGGACACCCUGGCAUGUCACUAUUAAGCCCAAGAGCCAGGAGACCUGCAGGGGGGCCCUCAUCUCAGACCAAUGGGUCCUGACAGCUGCUCACUGCUUCCACACAGCUGAUGAGCUCUCCCUGUGGAGGGUCAGUGUGGGGGAUCCCAAGUCACAGUGGGGCAAAGACUUCCAUAUUGAGAUGGUGGUGAUCUCUUCAGGGUUCAAUGUCUCUGCCAAAAAGCACCAGGGAAUCCUGGAGUUCUACGGUGAUGACAUUGCCCUGCUGAAGCUGGCCCAGAAAGUGAAGAUGUCCACCCACGCUAGGCCCAUCUGCCUUCCCUGCACGGUGGGGGCCAAUCUGGCUCUGCGGAGACCACCAGGCAGCAACUGCCGAGACCACGAGAGCGAACUUCUGAAUAAACUGAGCGUUCCUGCUCAUUUUGUGGCCUUGAAUGGGAGCAGACUGAACAUUAACCUCAAGACAGGGACAGAGUGGACAAACUGUAUCAAGGAUGUCACCCAAGACAAAACCAUGUUCAAUUUGUCAGAUGUCAGAGAGGUGGUGACAGACCAAUUCCUAUGCAGUGGGAUGCAGGAAGAUGACAAUCCCUGCAAGGGAGAAUCAGGAGGAGCAGUUUUCCUUGAGCGGAGAUACAGGUUUUUUCAGGUGGGCCUGGUGAGCUGGGGUCUCUACAAUCCCUGUGGCAGCACCAAUAAAAACUCCCGCAAAAAGGCCCCCCAUGGCAGGAUCCCUCCACCGCGAGAUUUCCACAUCAGCCUCUUCCGCCUGCAGCCCUGGCUGAGGCAGCACUUGGAGGGCAUCCUGAACUUUUUGCCCCUCUAA